GAAUCCGUACGCUAAUCUGGUCACGUAGUAGUAUAGGAAUAUGGCCUUUGGUCAAUGACGUAGGGCUAGCUGCCAGGCCUGGUGAGUUAUGCAGCCAAGCCUGCGUUAGCACUAACCGGGUCGAAUGCGGUGUUUUGGAAAAAAACUUGAUGAAUAUUUCUUGAUUUUGUUGUCUUGGAGUCCACGAGACAUGAGUUCUUUGUCAAGCUACCCAAAGAAGAGACGUAUUGAUAAGGAAGAGGAAAGAGAUGGAUUAUCAUCAGAUGAAGAUUACACUCCCUAUGUCCCCCUCAAGGAGCGGAAGCGAAGAGAGCUGGAAAAACGUGAGAAAUUAUUGAACAGGAAGGGAGCUGCAAUAUCCACAUCUACCCCAGAAAGAGAGGUCAAGCCUGCAAAGGUUAUAUCUGAGGACACUGCAUCUGCAUCUGUGCCUAAUGUUAGUCUGCUUGAUCAACACACUGAGCUUAAGAAGAAAGCCGAAGCUGUCAAGGAAACACACUAUGAUAAGCAGCUGAAGGAAGAGGAGAAAAUCCUGGAGAGCAUAGCCGAGAGGCAAGCUCUGAUGGCUGUGGGUGAGAUCGCCAAGGGAAUUGUGUACACUGACCCUAUAAAGACAAGUUGGACCCCUCCGAGAUACAUUUUACACAUGCCCAAAGAAAAGAUUGAAAGAAUAAGGAAGAAGUGGCACAUUCUAGUUGAGGGCGAUGACAUCCCACCUCCUGUCAAAACAUUUAAGGAAAUGAAGUUCCCUCGCCCCAUCCUUGCUGCUUUGAAAAAGAAAGGCAUCACCCACCCCACCCCUAUACAAGUCCAAGGCCUUCCUGCUGUUUUGACCGGCAGAGACAUGAUAGGAAUAGCAUUCACUGGAUCUGGAAAAACACUUGUCUUCACCCUGCCCAUUAUAAUGUUCUCCCUUGAACAGGAGAAGGCAAUGCCAUUUCAGAGAAAUGAGGGACCUUAUGGGAUGAUUGUUGUGCCAUCUAGAGAACUGGCAAGACAAACAUUUGAAGUCAUCACUCACUUUUCCAGGGCAUUGGAAGCACAUGGGUUCCCUUCCUUAAGAACAAAUCUGUGUAUUGGAGGAAGCUCUAUCAAGGAGCAGUCAGAUGCAAUGAAAAGGGGUGUUCACAUGGUGGUGGCGACCCCUGGGCGACUCAUGGAUCUGUUAGACAAGAGGAUCAUUACUUUGGAUGUUUGCAGAUAUCUGGUGCUUGAUGAAGCAGAUCGUAUGAUUGACAUGGGGUUUGAAGAAGACGUCAGAACAAUCUUUUCUUAUUUCAAGUCCCAACGACAGACGUUAUUGUUUAGUGCCACAAUGCCAAAGAAGAUACAGAACUUCGCCAAGAGUGCUCUGGUCAAACCAGUGACUGUGAAUGUUGGUCGAGCAGGAGCUGCCAGUCUGGAUGUCAUACAGGAAGUCGAGUAUGUGAAGCAAGAGGCUAAGGUUGUCUAUCUUUUGGAAUGUCUUCAAAAGACUCCACCACCGGUGUUAAUAUUCGCAGAGAAGAAGUCAGAUGUGGAUGACAUCCAUGAAUAUCUGCUGCUGAAGGGAGUGGAAGCUGUCGCCAUUCAUGGAGACAAGAGUCAGGAGGAGCGUGUUCAUGCCAUCCGUGAGUUCCAUCAAGGCAACAAAGAUGUUCUUGUGGCCACAGACGUAGCAUCUAAAGGGUUAGACUUUCCUGACAUCCAACAUGUCAUCAACUUUGACAUGCCGGAGGACAUUGAGAACUAUGUCCACCGUAUAGGAAGGACAGGUCGGUGUGGGAAGACAGGAGUGGCUACAACCUUCAUCAACAAGUCAUGCGAAGAGUCUGUAUUACUGGAUCUAAAGCAUUUGUUGAUGGAGGCGAAGCAGAAGAUACCACCCGUGCUCGCAGCGCUACAAGUCGACAACGAGGAGUACCUCGGUAUCGGAGACGAGCGUGGCUGUGCUUAUUGCGGUGGCCUGGGUCACAGAAUCACCGAGUGCCCGAAGCUGGAGGCCCUUCAGUCCAAGCAAGCUGGAAAUAUCGGUCGCCGGGACUACCUCGCCGCGGGCUCUGCCGACUGGUAACCAGUUGUACCCAGUCCUAGAUAACAUCCUGGACAUGGCCCAAUGUAUGUUUGUCACUGCCCAGUAUUAACAACUACACAUACGGCAUAGACAAGUGUAAAUGAUCGAUAAUGCCUACUGCGUAGCGCAGAGCCAUCUGUCUUCGGUGCUGCACGACGUCAGGACAUAGCCUGGGAACGGAUUACUUUUCGUAAGAACGCUGUAAUAAUAGCGAUGAUUGCCAGCAAAAGAUUGUCAGCAAAAACGCGGAAUAGAUAAGGACAUUAUACACAAGAAAAGGUUUGUUGUGUAAAAUUAGAUCUUCAGUCUUGGGAUGGGUGAGGGGGAGGGGGGGUGUUGAAGGAGAUUGCGGCCCGAGUACUGGGCCGACAUCACCGUUUAUCGUUCCAUGUAUAAAAUGAACAGAGUGAUUUAGUACAAGAAUAUCUUAUACAGCAAAGCAGUUUACACAAAUUGAUAUCCCAUGCACUAUAACUAUUUAGCGAAUUCCUCGUCUUCUCCUUGUUAUUAUAAACAACAUUUGCUAUAAAUUCAUGGAGUGUCGGCGAAUAGAGUGUCGUGUGAAAUAAUCUGCUUAUUCCAAACAAGAAUGAAGAAUAAGGUGUGUAAAGCAAGGAGGUUCAGUAAAGUUCUGUGUUUAUCUUGGAAAAAGUGAAUUGUUUAG